AUGACACCUUCCGACUUCAAUCCGCCUCGAUCCAUGAACACUCCCAUACGAUCAACUGUCCGCUGCGACAGCAAUUACAGCAUGACUCCAUCCGCACUGGCACCCUCGUUGCCAGACAUCGAUUCACCGCUGAGAACGUCACUCGAUCCAGUCGGCACUCCACGUCGUAGCGGCUCAAGCUCGAGCUGUGCCAACCCAUGGAAUACCGACUCGCGCGCCGGCAGUGUUCGUACCUUUAGCGGCUCUAGGAUUGUCACCGACAGUGAUCUGCACGUUGCCAGCCUCUGGGCACGUUAUGCGCAAAUACAGGCGACUGAAGGCACGAAGAAUGAGCUUCUCGAGACGCAUAAUGAACUUUUGGCCACCACCGAGCAGGAACUCAUCUCCAAAGUCGCCUCCGUCGAGCUCGAGAAUUCAAAGGCCGACGUCGCUCGUCUCGUCGACAUGCUGCAAGUCGAUCCCUUCGCUCUUGUUCUCAUCGACGGCGAUGGCAUGUACUUUGAUGACCACCUUGUUCGCCACGGCGAGGAAGGCGGCAGACAGGCAGCCGCCCAACUCAACAAAGCAGUCACUGACUGGAUGCGCGGCAAUCUCGACUCCUACUCCUCCGACUGCCAGAUUGUUACCCGCGUGUACGCCAAUGUCAAAGACAUGGCCGAUAACUGCUUUCUCGCUGGUGUUGUGUCGUCACCCGACGUGGUGGAGGAAUUUGUGCGCGGUUUCAUGCGUAGUGGAGACCUCUUUGACUUCAUCGAUGUCAGCUUUGGCAAUGACAGCCCAAUGACCAAAAUCAAUGCGAUGCUCAAACUGCAUAUCCGUGGCUACCAGUGCCGUCAUAUCUUGAUCGGCUGCGCCGAGACCGAAGGCUAUGCUCAUAUGCUAGAUCGCUACUCAUCCGAUCGUGCCGCAUUGCAGGACAUGACACUUCUGGGAGCCAAAGCAUUCGAACACAAACUCGCGCAUUUGCCAAUGAGAAAGAUCACGCUGCCACCUUUGUUCCGAAAAUCCCACACUGGCUCCGAAGCCAAAGGCGAUCCUACCCGCGAGCGCCACGACUCAAAGACCAAUUUCAACCCGACCAGUGGUGUCUUCACACCGUCCUCGCGAACACCAGUGCCAGUUGUUCUACUUCCCGACGGACGCAAGGUCGGUGGUCGGGCCGUCAGCCCUGCUGUCUCGUCCGCGCGUGGCAACAUCCGCAGCAGCUCGAGUGCAUCGUCUUCUGCGAUUUCCGACGCUGCACCACGCUCGUCGACUGUCAAAAAGGCCGUGCCUGUUGCCCCCAACGCAUGGUCGAGUAUAGCCCAACGCUCUGCUCAUCUGCCAUUCAAAGAUCUCACUCGGCCCGCACCAGGGCCAAAAUUGAGUGGUCCUCUCAUUCGCCAGAACAAGUACGAACAGCGUCUUGAUCAGCAUAUGGACUACGAUCACGAUCGCGUCUACGAGCUCAAGAAGCUCAAGCUGUGCAACCAGCAUUAUAUUGGCCGCGGCUGCUGCCAUUGGGAAGCCGGGAAUGGCGCAUGCCCGCACAAGCACGACUACCCGCUGAGCGCCAAGGACAAGAACUGGCUUCGCGUGGUCGCCCGCGAGACGGUCUGCAAGAAAGGAACAUACUGCUUGGACUUUGAGUGCAUCUACGGACAUCACUGCCCUUACCCGAAAGCCAAUGAGGGUUCCAUGCGCGGAAUCGGCUGCAUUAACGGAGAUGCCUGCCGCUUUGGCCGCGAGAUGCAUGGCAUGGACAUGACUGUUGCAAAUGUCCUUCAACCGAAAGACCUGGAAAGUCAGAAAGUCCGUUCUCCUGAGCACAGCAUCUCGAAGACAUGCUCGACCCGCCACAAUACAGCCUUGUCAAUCACGAAGAUGCCACCCACGAUAACGACAGCACCGAGCAGAGAAGUCAUCGCUCUCGCCAAUGCAGUGGUCCAUUCAAAGCCCCCCGAAAUAAUCAUUGGCGAAUACAUCCGUCUUUUGAGACUUCACAUCGCCAAGGGCAAGCGACAGGAUGCCCUUAGCUCGAUACACCAUCACCUGGACCGGACUUCCUACUGGCGGGCUGAAUGUGAGCGAUUGAAGGCAGUUGCAAAACAGACAGAAACGGAGACCAUCACCCUUCGUCUCGAGAUCGACGCGCUCAAUGCGAAGUUGGAAGCAGCGAAACCCGCAGCACCGAGCAAGAAGCGAAAGAAGCAAGAUGCCGAUGUCAUCCCAUACCCGCGAUCACCGAAGAGAGUGAAGCAUGAUACCUCGUCUGGCUUGUCAUCAACGCUGGCAUUUGAUGAAACGACGGAAGCGGCUCUCAGCGAAGGCGGAGAUGUCGGAAUCACUCUUCUGCGAACGUUGUAUCACCUUCACACGACACUCAAGCAAAAAGGGGAUGCCGACGUCUCGACAUUGUCGUAUCACAUCAUUGAGGCAACGUCCAACCUGACAGAAAUCGUCUUGCAAGAGGCUCGCCAAUUUGCCGCUAAAGCCUGUCAAUACGUCGAUGAACUAAAGACUGCUCUGACCUUGUGCAGGCGCGCAACGGCGUCCAUCCUGGUUGCCUUCAACCGACUUGAGAAGCCUGAACAGGACAACGGUGCUCACGGGCAAGCAGCAUACGCUAUCAUUCACAUGUUUCGAGAGUUCCUCGGCAUGUUCGCUAUACUGUCCGACGCAGAGGCAUUGAAAGCCAUUGCAGCUGAUUCAUCAGUCUCGACCUCUUCAGCAAAACCAAAGCCCAGACCUCCGCGAGUGAUCAACAUCAAAGAUCUUCCGUCCAUGAGCCUCUUUACCAACUUCCUCGAAGGCAUCGUAAACACGCUGGACCCCAAUAUUCAUUCUCACAAAUCCUUAUUCGAAGGGUUCGCGUUUUCCGUGCUGACGACCUUGGGCGGGCGAUUACAUCAGACGGUCUUCGGCCAUGUCCGAGCUCAAACAAUGGAGGAAGAGAUCAUGAUGAGCAAUGCUGUCGAUGAAAUCGAAGACGAUGGCCCUUUGACAUCCCUCCCACCGCAGGAUCGAGAACAGAAGCAGAUCAGGCUCGAAGGACCAUAUCUCAUCCAUCUACUCAACCACAUCAUGAAAGCCGCGCCAUCAUAUCUCGGUCUGAUCCCACCCACGAAUGGCAGGGCAAAUGUACCCACCGCCAGUGGCUUGAAGAGAGGGACACUCGCGGUCGAAGCGAAGACUUGCUUGCAGAGGACGCUGGUCAAUUGCAUCUUCGGGACGGAAGGCGUGGACGAGAGUGAUCCCCUGGCUCAUUGUCUCAAGAUGCCGGUGAAGCCUGCGCCGUCGAUCACGAUGCCGAAGAUCAAGGAGAUCGAAGUACAGGAUUGGUUCAAGGGCGAGAUGUGGAGGUUGUUGGCGUGGGAUAUCCUGUCAAAGGAGGGCGAGUGGUGA